ACCACCAGCGACCCGAGACGGCAGUGCAGGAACCUCCCUCCCUCCCUACACCCUAACCGACCUACCCUUCACCGCCUUCCUCGGGAGCUCCUCCUGCAACUCUUCAGUUUUUUAUCGCGCUGGAUCUUAGAAGAUUUUAUCUUCGAUUCAUCGCGCGAGUUUAUUUUAUCUUGUUAUUAAAGUUACGAUUAAGUUGUUCUUUAACAACAGUGUUGAACUCUUAACAGACAGCCUACAGGAGUCCACCUCCGCGGUGUUGCAGCUGACAGCCUCUGCUCUUCAUCUUGUGGCGCCAGUUUACGUUAACUUGACAGUGGAGUGUGUUGAUCAAGGCGUACUUCAUCACCGGUGUAUAUCACCUGGGUUAUUGCCCGAGCACCCAGCGUGAGCGCCCUACGUCAGGAAGGUGCCCCCGUCCCCACUCAGCUCAUCAUCCACCUGCUUGAGUGCAACACGUGAGGCCCUGACUUUUGCCGCCACACCCUAGACACCCUUUGCUUCCCGCCCUCCUGGAGUGACGUGCACGACACUGGUGAAGGAACACAAGACAGUGGAGCCUAUUCUUGCUGGGUGAGCCACAGCGGCCGGGCGUGGGCAGCGCGACCCUCCUCAGCCCUCUGGCUAUUUUGGUGUCUAGGCUGGCGCCGCGCCACCACACCUCAGUUUGGUUCUGACCCGCAAGCGGCGUGGAUACUUUGCCGCUACCAUCCCCUGCGGCCACUGUGGUGAUGCUGUGAUAACUCACCGUGACUGACACCAAGUGAAGAUAAGUGGAGAGAUAACGCAAUACCGACUUCUCGUGUAGCUUGCAGGUGCGCAGGAAACGGACACCCAUCCUCUAGCUACCGACAUUACUACGGGUUGUUCUUGUCGCCAACUCACCCUCACACACUCACACUUGACCGCCAGACGUGACACUCUACGGUUGCCCGGAUAAUAAAGGAAAUCACAGUCAACAUAUCAGCAAUACACUUCGAAUUUGGCGCGUUUAAAAGAGUGUCGUGGGUUGGUGUAGGUAAGCGAGAAGCCCCGCCCCGCGCGUGGUGGCCCCUCCCCCCGUGACCACAACAGCAGCAGGAUCAGGUGGGUCCAGGAUGUACGGCCCAGGUGCGUCAGAGUACUGCCAGGCGGGGCAGGACGAGGACGAGAUGGCUGCCACCGAGCGAGAGUUGGCCGAGGAUGCUCAGUGGAAGCGAAUCCAACAGAACACCUUCACCCGGUGGGCCAACGAGCACCUCAAGUCUGUCAACAAACACAUCGGCAAUUUGGAGACCGACUUUAGCGACGGCCUCAGGCUCAUCGCCCUCAUCGAGGUGCUCUCGGGCAAGCAUCUCCCCAAGCACAACAAACGACCCAACUUCAAAAGUCAGAAGCUGGAGAAUGUAUCGGUGGCUUUACAGUUCCUAGAGAGAGACGAAAACAUCCGCAUCAUCAAUAUAGACUCGUCCGACAUCGUUGAUUGCAAGUUGAAGUUGAUCCUUGGGCUAAUAUGGACGCUCAUCCUCAACUAUUCCAUCUCCAUGCCUAUGUGGGAGGGGGAGGACCAGGUGGCCCCAGGGGAAAAGGGCCCCUCGCCCAAACAGAGACUGUUACACUGGAUCCAGAGCAAGUUGCCGGACCUCCCCAUCACCAACUUCACCAACGACUGGAAUGAUGGGCGUGCUGUGGGCGCUCUCGUGGAUUCUGUCGCCGCUGGCCUCUGUCCUGACUGGCCUGACUGGGUGCCUGCAGACUCCCUCUCCAAUGCUACUGAGGCCAUGAACAUUGCUGACAACUGGCUGGGUGUUCCACAGUUGAUUACACCAGAUGAGAUGAUCAACCUGAGCUGGACAGAGCAGUCUAUGAUGACUUACCUCCAGCACCCUAACUGUAAGCUGAAGAGCGGCGGCCCUCUCAGACCUGCACCAACGCUGGGAAGUAAGGUGCGAUGCUAUGGGCCAGGUAUAGAGCCCUCGGGACCAGUAGUUGGGGCCCCCACAAACUUCACUAUUGAGACAUUUAGUGCUGGCAAAGGGAAAGUGGAAGCCUUCUUACAAACACCUGAUGGCGUCACAAAAACACUGGAGUGUAAGUUCAACAAUGACAGGAAUUUGACUUACACGUGCAAGUACACACCAGAGUGUGAGGGCGACUUUAUUGUUAGUGUCAAGUUCAGCGGACGAGAGAUCCCCAAGUCACCAUUCUGGGUCAACGUGUCAGGGUUUGCAGGUGAUCCGUCAAAGGUGACGGCCUCAGGCCCGGGUCUGGAGCCUGAAGGAGUCACUAUUAACAGACCAACAUACUUUGAUAUUUUCACCAAGGAUGCAGGGAAAGGCACCCCAGAGGUCAUCAUAUUGGACCCGGCUGGCCACAAGAACACCGUACCAGUCAAGACUCGUCAGAUAAGUGAAGGCGUGUACCGCUGUGAGUAUGUAGCCUCUGGCAUUGGUCUACAUUCCAUCAACAUCUUCUUUGCUGAGCAGCCCAUUCCAGGAAGUCCUUACGGUGUUAAGGUGUCCCCAAUUUGUGAUGCUAGAAAAGUGAAAGCAUCAGGGCGAGGUCUGCAGCCUAAUGGUGUGAGGGUCAAGGACUCGGCAGACUUCAAGGUCUACACUGAGGGAGCUGGUGAAGGCAAUGUCGAGGUCAAGGUCAUUGGGCCAGGUGGGUCCCAUGAAGUAAUAAAAACAAAGCAGAUUGACGCUUACACAUAUGAGUAUGUUUACCAUCCCAAGAAAGAAGGCCGCUUCAUUGUAAUGGUAUCCUUUGGUGGCCAAGAGAUACCUAAGAGUCCAUUUGAGGUGAAUAUUGGACCAUACAAAGAGACAAAGAUCAGAGCAUAUGGUCCUGGACUGAAGGGUGGCGUGGUGGGCUACCCGGCGCUCUUCACCGUCGAGACAAAUGGGGAAGCUGGAGGCCUUGGGUUCAGCAUUGAAGGGCCAUCUCAAGCAAAGAUCGAUUGCAGUGACAAUGGAGACGGGACAGCAGAUGUGCGCUACUACCCCACAGUCCCUGGGGAGUACGCACUCCACAUCCUCUGUAACAACGAAGAUAUCCCUGGAUCACCAUAUAUUGCUCAAAUCCUGCCCAAUACUGAUUAUUAUCCUGAACUGGUCAAGUGCAAAGGUCCCGGUCUAGAGAAGAAUGGAGUAGUUUCUGGAAAACUGGCAGAGUUCAAGGUAGACACCCGGGAGGCUGGUGAUGCCCCGCUGGACGUCACAGUCAUGGAUGCCAACUACCAGCCCAUCAAACUUGAGGCCAAAGAUAACAAGAGCGGCAUUUAUGAUUUCUCUUAUCGACCAACGCGAGGAAACAAACACACAGUCCUGGUCAACUAUGGUGGGGUCGCGACUGAAAACUCUCCAUAUCGAGUAUUCGUAUCUGAGCCGUCAGACCCCGGAGCAGUGAAGGUAUUUGGACCAGGUGUGGAACGUGGCGUCAAGUCCAACACUCCGACGCACUUCAACAUUGAUUGCCGUGAAGCUGGACCAGGUGAAGUACAGAUUGCCCUGACAAAUGCCCAAGGUCAAGACAUCCCCAUAGACAUACAAGACAACCACGAUGGCACGUUCACCGUAGAGUAUCUCACACCGUCUGCCGGGGAUCAUAGGGUGACCGUGCUGUAUGCUGGCUCACAGAUCCCACAGUCGCCAAUAUCCGUGCCCGUGCAGUCUAAUAUUGACGUCACUAAGGUCAAGGUGGACGGACUCGAGCCCACGGCGCCCAUCAACUCUCUGCAGCAGUUCCGAGUCAUCACGCAAGAUGCUGGAAGGGCAGACUUCGCCGUGUCCAUCACUUCACCCUCGGGCAUGCGAGUGCGUGCUCACGUCGUGCCCACUCACGAGGGUUACCUGGUGAAUUUCACUCCAACGGAAUUGGGAGAAUAUUUGCUGUCCAUCCAGUUUGGUGGUCAACCCAUCAGCUCAGCACCAUAUAGAUUUACCUGCACACCCGGCGGUGAUGCAUCAGCAGUACGAGCGUGGGGACCAGGACUGGAGGGGGGCGUAGUGUGCCGUCCAGCGGAGUUUGUCAUAGACACCCGAGAAGCCGGUCAGGGCGGCCUUGGAGUAACAGUGGAGGGCCCGUGUGAAGCAGCCAUAAACUGCAGAGACAAUGGAGAUGGAACGUGUGCUGUGGCUUAUCUACCCACUGAAGCUGGGCAUUAUACCAUCAACAUCACCUUCAACGAGCGACACAUCCACGGGUCUCCAUUCCACGCUCUCAUCGCUCAUGACCAAGACCUCAAACAGAUCAGAGUGACUGGCAACGGCAUCCAACCUCAUGGUGUCUUUGUUGACUCCCCUACGGACUUUGUGGUCGACACUCGAGCUCUUGCCAAUUUGAAAAAAGACUCAAAGGGCGGUGACAAGGGAGACGGUAAAGUCAUGUGUGUCAUCACAAAUCCAUCUGGAACUCGCACUGACUCAUUCCUGAGGCCACUCACUGAUGGCACAUACAAGAUUUCUUACACACCUUUUGAAGAAGGUCGUCACACAAUUGACUUAUUGUAUGACGGUGUACCCGUGCCUGGCUCUCCCUUCACCGUCAACGUAAGGAGGGGCUGUGACCCCAACAAGUGCCAUGCCUUCGGUCCUGGUCUCGACCACGGCUUUGUCAACGAGGUCAACACAUUCACCGUGGAGACUAAAGGUGCCGGCACAGGAGGUCUUGGCUUGGCUGUUGAGGGACCAUCUGAAGCCAAGAUGACAUGUAAGGACAACAGAGAUGGCUCGUGCACGGUGGAGUACGUGCCUCUUGAGGCUGGCUGCUACGAUGUUGCCAUCAAGUUUGCUGACCAACACAUUCCAGGAUCACCAUUCAAGGUGUCUGUGGACCAGAAUGUAGAUGCAUCACAGGUGGUGGUUUGGGGCAAUGGUCUGGAGCCUAGCAAGGUCCGGGCAGGUGUGCCUCUCACUUUCCAUGUUGACGGCUCAAAGUCUGGCAAGGCGCCUCUAGGAGUUGAUAUAACAACAGAGAAAGGUGCGUUACCCAAGAGUCCAGACGUCCGUGAUAAUGGUGACGGCACCUACGAUGUGACGUACGUUCCUCAUGCUGAAGGAACCAUGCAGACUGCUAAUGUUACCUGGGGAGGAAAACCUGUACCUGGAAGUCCAUAUCGCACACGUGUCCGUCCAGCUGUGGAGCCCAACAGAGUCAAGGUGUCAGGGUCGGGUGUGUCCAGUAAAGGUAUCCCGGCAUCACUCCCCACUGAGCUGGUCAUAGACACCAAUGAUGCCGGCGUUGGAGACCUUCAAGUGUCUGUCACUGGACCAGAUGGCCACCCACGUAAAGUAAAGGUGUUGGACAAUGGAGAUGGAACCUUCAGCGCUUCGUAUGUUCCCGACGACUGCGGCAAAUACAAGGUGUCGGUCAAGUAUGCUGACCAAGAGGUGGGGCACUCGCCCUUCCCCGUCCAGGCAUAUGCUACUGGGAAGGCUGACAAGUGCAAGAUCACAGAAGGCAUCAAUCAUUCACUUACAAUUGGUGAGGAAUAUUGUAUCACCGUCAACGCCAAGAAUGCUGGCAGUGGAGCGGUCACGUGCAGGAUCCGUUCAACAUCUGGCAGUGACCUGGAUAUUGAUAUUGAGGAUAAUGGUGACGGAACCUUCAGCAUCUACUACACCGUGAAGGAUGCCGGGGAGUACACACUGUCCGUCAAGUUUGGUGGGCAGCCGGUUCCUGAUGGCUUCUACUCCUUCACUGCCCAGUCGGAGGAGGAGUAUCGACAGACCCAGACUAAGGUCAACGGUCUACAGCGGACUCCUAGCAGCGGCAACUACCGUCCAGUUGAGCUACAUAACAUACCCCUUCCUACUACAGGUGGUCACGUCACAGCUGAGGUCAGGAUGCCCUCUGGAGAAGCAGAUCUUCCGGUGAUUGAGGAUAAUCGGGAUGGCACCGUGUCCGUCCGCUACGCCCCGCGGGAGGAAGGCCUUCAUGAGCUGCACGUGAAGUACAACGCUGAACAUGUGCAGGGUUCACCAUUCAAGUUCCACGUGGACUCCAUCUCCUCUGGGUACGUUACAGCAUAUGGAAGUGGCUUGGUUCAUGGCAUCACUGGAGAGCCAUGCAACUUCACCAUCUCGACCAAGGAUGCCGGUGCAGGUGGUCUCUCACUGGCUGUGGAGGGAUCUAGCAAGGCCGAGAUCUCCUGCCACGACAACAAGGACGGCACCGUCUCCGUCUCCUACCUGCCCACCGCCCCGGGAGAGUACAAGGUGUCGGUAAAGUUUGCCGAGAAGCACAUCAAGGGAUCCCCCUACUCUGUCAAGAUCACCGGUGAGGGUCGCAAGAGGAACCAGAUCAGUGUUGGGUCCCAGUCUGAGGUGAGCCUUCCCGGCAAGGUUACUGACUCUGACAUCAAGAGCCUCAACGCCUCCAUCCAGGCUCCAUCUGGUCUUGAGGAGCCAUGCUUCCUCAAGAAGCUCCCUAAUGGACAUCUGGGCAUCUCCUUCACUCCCCGUGAGGUGGGCGAGCACUUGGUAUCAGUUAAACGCAUGGGCACACACAUUGCCAACUCUCCCUUCAAGAUCACUGUUGGAGAGAAGGAGGUCGGCGAUGCCUCAAAGGUCAAGAUCACCGGUAAGGCCCUGACUGAAGGUGUGACUCACCAGGAGAACCAGUUCACCAUUGACACCCGUGAGGCUGGCUACGGUGGUCUGUCUCUCUCUGUUGAGGGUCCCUCCAAGGCUGAUAUCCAGUGCAAGGAUAACGAGGAUGGUACACUAACAAUUGGUUACAAGCCCACGGAGCCAGGUUAUUACAUCAUCAACCUCAAGUUUGCUGACAACCACGUUCAUGGCUCACCCUUCACUGCCAAGGUGACAGGUGAAGGAACAAACAGGCAGACUGAACGUAUCAAGCGCCAGCGUGAGGCAGUGCCUCUUACUGAGGUUGGCUCUCAGUGCCGCCUCACCUUCAAACUUCCCGGAAUUUCUCCAUUUGACCUGGGAGCAACUGUGACCUCACCUGGUGGUGUCACAGAAGCUGCAGAACUCGGUGAAGUUGAAGAUGGACUGUACGGCGUCAACUUCGUGCCAAAGGAGCUGGGCGUCCACACUGUGUCUGUCAAGUACCAGGAGAUGCACAUCCCAGGAUCUCCAUUCCAGUUCACGGUUGGUCCACUGAAGGAUGGUGGCGCCCAUCGCGUGCACGCUGGUGGUCCCGGCCUGGAGCGUGGUGAACAAGCCAUGCCUAAUGAGUUCAACGUGUGGACCCGGGAGGCUGGUGCCGGUUCUCUGGCCAUCUCCGUUGAAGGUCCCAGCAAGGCGGAGAUUGACUUCAAGGACCGCAAGGACGGCUCUUGCUACGUCUCCUACGUCGUGCAGGAACCCGGGGAGUACCGUGUGGGCAUCAAGUUCAAUGACAAGCACAUCCCUGACUCACCUUACAAGGUGUACAUCACGCCCUCUAUGGGUGAGGCCCGCAAGGUAGAAAUUGCUCAGUUCCCAGACCAGGGUGCCAUGCCCAACAAGCCUCAGUCUCUCCUGGUCACCAAGAACGGUGCACGAGGUCAACUGGACUGUAAGUUUGUGGCUCCAUCAGGCCAAGAGGAGGAUUGUUUCACCGAUCUCCUUGACAAUGACACAUACAGCGUACGCUUUGUGCCAAAGGAGAUUGGCAUCCAUUACGUUCAUAUCAAGUUCAAUGGUAUCCACAUACCUGGCUCACCAUUCAGACUUCGCAUUGGCAAGGAUGAGGCCGACCCAGCGGCCGUUUCCGCUUCCGGCAAGGGACUGGAAGCCUGUGUGUCUGGUCAGAAAACAGAUUUCAUCGUGGACACGUGCAGUGCUGGUGCGGGCACUCUAGCGGUGACAAUAGAUGGUCCAUCUAAGGUGUCCAUGGACUGUACAGAGGUGGAGGAAGGAUACAAGGUCCGCUACACCCCACUAGUGAACGGAGAUUAUUACAUUGCCGUCAAGUACAACGGCUACCACAUAGCAGGAUCUCCCUGGAAGGUGAAGUGUACUGGUGAGGCGCUGGCAGAUAAGGGCACCUUCCAGGAAUCAUCGUCUGUUGUGGUGGAGACAGUUGAGAAGACCAAGUCGGGCGAUAAGGCUCACCAGGGUCCUAUAAUCCCAAAGUUCCAGUCCGAUGCAACAAAGGUAACAAGCAAGGGUCUGGGAUUGAAGAAGGCUCACGUCAACCGCCAGAACAACUUUACCGUCAACGCUUCCACUGCUGGAAACAACAUUCUGUAUGUGGGUGUGUAUGGUCCCAAGGCACCGUGUGAGGAGGUGUACAUUAAGCAUAUUGGACAUAAUAAUUACCAGGUCAGUUACAAGAUCAAAGAUCGCGGCGAGCACAUCCUAUUGGUCAUGUGGGGAGAACAUCACAUUCCCGGCUCCCCCUUCGUGGUCUCUAUGUUCUAGUGUCAUCCCCAAACAGUCUCAGUACAGUUGUAGAUUGGUUAUGUUGUUCGUGACAAAGGUGAUUACAUCCUGAUGGUCAAGUGGGGUGAUGACCACAUUCCCGGAUCGCCCUUCCAUGUCACUGUUUAAGAAAAGACUUUAGAGGAAUUAUUUU